GAUUCGCUUCUUCUCGGCCUCGGUCUCGUCAAACUCUUUCCGUUGUCUUUCUACACUAGCUUUAGAUCAAGAAGUUCAUCAUGAAGCCCCUAAAAGACGUCUGGGCUGAGCUCUCCAAACCUCUCCCCGCAGGAUCGGGCGCCAAACACAUCGGACCUGCCCUUACACCCAAAGAGCUAUAUGAGUUGAGCUAUAUCCUUCACCGGUCUGAAUUCACUCACCUCGCCGAAGGCCGUGCCAAUGCCGUCUUCAGCAUUAAAGAACCAAAGGACCCAAAAGUCCCCUCGGGGUUCUUUCGAGAAACCUUAUUGCGUGUGCCCAAAGCCACCCCCGACGUCACGCCGUGCGACUAUGAAGACCUCCAGGACUUUCAAGAGAAAUUCGUCGACGUUCACGUCGGACGGCAGCAUAUCGUCCCCCAGAUCCUCAUCCAAAUCCCCCAAGCUGUAGCAGAUGCUCUUAACUUCAAGCGUGACAACGCCCUCCGAGCUAAGGGCGUUAGGGGCGACCAGAGCACCAUCCAAGCUGGAUAUGCCAUGUUGGUGGAGGACAUGGGCCCAUCUCCGGAUUACAUAGCUCUGGAGUUCAAGCCGAAGUGGCUGGCCCAAGCUCCCAUGGCCCCCAAAGACGCAUCCCGCUGUCGAACCUGCGCGAGGGAGGCUCUGCGCAACGGGAAAUUGCGGAAACGGGGAUAUAAGAUAUCCACCCCGGUGUGCCCCCUCGGCCUGCUCCACGAGAACCACGCGGUGGUGAUGAGCACGAUCGACCGGCUGGCGCCCACCUGGAGCGAGCGGGACCGGGCGCGCCUCGCCUCGGCGCUACGCUCGAGCGGCGUCCUCGAGCGGCUGCGGGAUCUGCAAGAAUCGGGGGACUCGGGGGACGCUCUAUUCACGCGGCCGUCGGACGCGAGCUUCGGCUUGUCGAUGACGCUGCGGGACUGCUCGUGCUUCGUCCGGAUGCCCGUGGUCGACGACGGCAACGACGACGAGGACGACAAGAAACCACCCGUGGUCAUCAAGCUCGCCGACGUCGACAAGAAGAACUGGUUCCAGAAGCAGGCGUACUGGCAGCAGCGCCACGACGACCUCGUCGCCGGCGGCUGGUACCACGGCUCGGAGAGCCCGCCCGUCGAGACCGCGUGCGUCCUAAGGCUCGAUUACUGUCUCAAGCGGGGUCUCGAAAUCCCCCCCGCGUUCCGCGCGAGGCUGAAGCGUUGAAAAGCUUUUUUUUUGGCUUUUUUGGCCUUUUUUCUUUUUGGGAAGUUAAGGUGUGGUUACGCCGCAUUUUGGAGAGUUUCCAUAUACGUCUUGGGGGCUUUUGUUAUUGUUUCUCCCUUCCUCUUCUAU